CGCGGAGGAGGCGCCGCCCCAGGGGGAGGAGGUGCCAGCUCGCCGCAGACCGCCCGCGGCAGAGGCCGCCCCGGUCGCGCCGCGGCGGGAGCGGCCGGCGGAGGCUGCACGGCGAGGAGGAGGGCCGGGGGAGGGGACGUCACCCCCGCCCGCCUCCUGCUGCCCCCCGCCUGCAGGCUCCCAGCUUCAAUCGGCGCCCAGCAUCCUGCUGCCCCAGACCUUCCCGCGGGCGCGCACCGGGCUCAACUCAGGCUCAGGACUGCAGGUGGACGUCUCCACUGUCCAGGAAUCAUUGAGUGUGUGGACCAGACAGCCUCCCCGGAAGGCCGGCUACCCCGGAGUCCCGCCUCGGCAUGGGCCUCGCCAUCGGGGCAGCUCCUGGGUCUGUGCUUGUCUGAGGGUGCUGCCCGUCAUGGGGGCAGCCAUCUCUCAGGGGGCCCUCAUCGCCAUCAUCUGCAACGGCCUCGUAGGCUUCUUGCUGCUGCUGCUCUGGGUCAUUCUCUGCUGGGCCUGCCACUCCCGCUCUGCCAACAUCGACUCCCUCUCGGAAUCCAGUCCCAACUCCAGCCCUGGCCCCUGUCCUGAGAAGGCACCCCCGCCUCAGAAGCCCAGCCAUGAAGGCAGCUACCUGCUGCAGCCCUGAAGGCCCUGCCCCCCCGGCCUAGCCUGGAGUCUGGGACAUAAGUCCACCCCAGCCUGGAACCUGGAAUCAGGAUCCCGGGAUCCAGCCAGCCUGGGGUCCAGGACUCAGAAUCCAGCCUGUCUGGAGCUGAACCUAGCAGCCCAGAGUCUAGUCGGCCUGGCUCCAGGAGAGGCUCUGCUGGCCCCAGGGAGACAGGCCCAGGGUGGGAGUUCUGGAGUUGGUGCUAGGGCCAAGGCCAUCCGGACUCGGCUCCAGCUGGAGGGCCGGGGGCUGGGUUCCACCCUCCCCCGAGGCCAGGCACCUCUUGGCCCUCAAGGCUGGGGAAGCAAACUGGAAUCCACGGCAAUAAUGAGAGGGUGUCCAGGCUGGGCCCCUCCUCUGGUCCUCCUACUGUUUGCUGGGUAAUAAAUGGAACUAUGGCUCUA